AUGACCAUAAAAUGGUAUUAUGUGUCUGUUGAUUCACCUUUGCAGUGGCAAUAUCAUGGAAAGAUUGUUUGGUCUCCCAUAACCGAGCUAGUAAAAAAUGUUAAUAUCAAGCUUGAGAUAGGGUCUCCUAUUGUUGUCACCGAGGCUCCCAAGAUGAUCAAGACUGCAACUUCAGUACCAUGCCUGAGGGUUGAUUCCGGCCUUGUCAAGCCUGGUGAUGUGGGAAGGGUUGUGUCAAGGAAGCCCAAGGAUGCCUGGGCAGUUAGGCUUGCCAUUGGCACCUAUCUGAUAGAUGGCAAGUAUUUCAAGCCAUUAGAAGAGCUCAAUGAAUGAAAAUGCUUUUAUAUUCAUGUCUGGGAUAUUAUAUAAAAGCCUGUGAGAGAGUUACUCGAAGUUGAAUUACUAUGUAUUUUUCAUGUUAAAUUUCAUUUUUAUUUUGAAA